UGGGGUUAUAGUUGAGUUUGUGAGCGGGGGAACAAAAAUACAGGCGGACCGAAGCGCGUUUCUGUUCAACACGUGUUUGUCCAGGAGCGCAGCGCCGCCGACCAGCAGCAGCAGAAAUAUGCCUAAAGCAGGGAGGGCGAGGGGGGGCGCGCAGGAGAAGAAGGUGGUCCACCCCUACAGCAGGAAAGCGGCCUACAUGGCCAGAGCUGAGGCCAAACUCACCCGCAAAGAGAAAGUGAAAAGUGAUAAAGCCAGACGUUUAAAUUUAAUAGGGGAGAAACUUUUGUGGUUCCAGAAUCAGCUGGACUCAGGGAAGCUAGAAUACUCCAAACAGGAAGCUUGUGAAAUGAUUGAGAGGUAUCUGCACCGUUUCGAUGGCGAGCUGCAGCAGAUCGAGCUGGCCAACAGCAUCAAAGGCCGGCAGGGUCGACUGCACGGCUCCAGAGAGGCUGUUCUAAAGCAGAGCAUCGAGCGAGAGCGGGCGGAGUUUGAGGGUAAUGGGUUUGAGAUCCCGGAUAUAAUCAACUCCAAACAUUUGAAGACUUUCAGAGAGUGGAACGGUGAUCUGAAGAAACUGCCCAACAUCAAGAUGAGGAAGGUUUCAGCUAAAGGGACUGACAGCAAACCCACCACAGAGCAGCGCAUCGAGGAAGAGGAAGAGGAGGAGGAGCCUGUGGACAGUGAGGAAGAUGCCUGUCAGGACUCUGAUGAACUUCUGGAUGAUGAUCUUUGAUGCAGCACAAGCAUUGAGGUCACAUGACUUUAAUGCUUCUGUUUCUCGUGAAGAACUGUCUGCAGUUACAGGGUGUGUGUUGCCCACAGAGAGACUUUGAAACACAGUGAAAAGUGUGAAUGAGUGUGAAACAUUGAGAGAAUGUUUGCAGGUUUGUAUGUCUGGCACGAGAGGGUUGCCAAGGUUCUGCCCUGUUUAUACUCCAAUAAAAGACUGACCCCUUA